GACCCGGGCAACCCGCUCAACUGGUCCCUGCGCAAGAAGCUAUGGGUCUCGUGGUGCAUCGGGUUCGCGACUUUCGCCGUCUACGUCGGCGGCGGCAUCACGACCACCUCCUACUCGUCGCUCAUGGACGAGUUCGGCAUCGUCGAGCAGGAGGCGUUCGCGACCAUGUCCCUCUAUGGUGCGGGCGCCCUCUUCUUCUCGCCGUUGAGCGAGAUGCACCAUCUCGGCCGCAACCCGCCAUACUACGUCCCGCUCAUCAUCGCCGUCGGCCUGCAAGUCGGCGCGGCGACAACCCCGACUUUCGCCGGCUUGGCCAUCUUGCGCGUUCUCGUCGGCUUUUUCGGAGCACCCCUUCUCGCGACCGGUGGAGCGAGCAUCGCCGACGUCUGGGGUAUUCAAAAGCUCCCGGUCGCGCUCUGCUUCAUCUGGGUCCUGCCCUCGUUCUCGGCUCCAGGACUCGCGCCCAUCUUUACGGUCAAUGCCGUCGAGCGCUUCGGCUGGCGGUGGAGCAUGUGGAUCCACCUCAUGUUCCUCAGCGUCGGCGCCGUGCUCAUUCUCCUGUGCCCCGAGACGUCGGCCGACAACCUCCUGUAUCGUCGGGCGCGCCGUCUGCGCCGUCUGACCGGCGACGAGACGCUCCGCACCCGCGCAGAGAUCCUGGGCGACGGCAAAUCGGCGCGCGCGCUCCUGUACGAGGCGCUCGCCAUCCCGUUCAAGAUCACCCUCCUCGACCCGUCGAUCCUCUUCUGCCAUGCCUACAUCGCACUAUGCUACGCCGUCUUCUUCUCGUUCUUCGACGCCUUCCCGAUCGUGUUCGGCGAGGUGUUCAGCUUUCCGACUGUCAGCCAAGCCCUCAUCUUCUUGUGCGACGUGGCCGGCUCGAGCCUCGGCGCGGUCGCCUACGCCGGGUACCAGCUCUCCUACAUGUUCCCUCUCGUGCGCAAGAAGGGCAUGCCCGUCGUCGAGCGCCGCCUCGAGCCGGCCCUUGUCUCGAGCGUCACGGCGUCGCUUGGCCUGUGGAUCUUCGCAUGGUCGGCGUACCGUCAAGCUCACUGGAUGGGCCCGACCGUCGGCGCGACCCUCUUCGUCACGAGCAACAUUGUCACGUUCCAGUGCGUCUUCUACUACCUGAUCCUGUCGUACCCCAAGUACGCCGCAUCUGUCCUCGCUGGGAGCGACUUUGUGCGCUCGACCGUCGCCGCCGGCGUCGUUCACGGCGCGACACCUCUCUUCCGCUCGUCGGCCGGCAUCCAUGGCGGCGUGUCGCUCCUCGCCGGCCUCGCAGCGUGCGGCAUCGUCGGCAUCUGGACGCUCUAUCUGUGCGGCGCCAAGCUGCGAGCCAAGAGUCGCUUCACGGGAGCAGGCGAGGGAGCCGAGAAGAGCGGGCUUGACGAGGCGGACGAGGCGGACGAGCGAGUACGAGGAGACGAGCAGGGGCGAGGAGAAGCGCAGGCGUAG